AUGAACCAUUUGGUUGGACCACCUGAGGGGGAGGUAAGUGAAGAGCCAGCAAAUGGAGCAGUGAACGAGUCAGUGGAGGCUGACCUGGAGCACUCAGAGGUGGAAGAGGAACAGCGGUAUGCAACUCACUACCCAAGGCAUACAAACAGCAGCCAAGGGGGCCUGUCUGGGCAGGAGGAGGAAGGGAUGUUAGCUCGGUCAGCCAGCACUGAGAGUGGUUUCCACAAUCACACGGAUACUGCAGAAGGGGAUGUGAUAGCCACAGUGGAGGACAGUUACGACGCAGAGAGAGUUCAGGAAAAUGAGGAUGAGAGCGCAUAUGCGGUGCAGUACAGACCUGAGUCUGAGGAGUACACAGAGAAUGCUGAGGCUGAGCAUGGCGAGGCCAUUCAUAAUCGAACAUUGCCCAAUCACUUACAUUUCCAUUCCAUCGAACACGAGGAAGCCAUGAACGCAGCCUACUCGGGGUAUGUCUACACACAUCGUCUCUUCCACCGAGGAGAGGAUGAACAGUAUGCUGAGCCUUACGCUGACUAUGGACUGCAGGAGCAUGUGUAUGAGGAGAUAGGAGAUGCACCAGACCUCGAUGUGAGGGAGGGGAUCCAGCGGUAUGAGCGGGAAAGGGAGGAAGCUGACAAUUACCGCAAGGAGGCACUUGGUGCCCGCCUUCACCAUUAUGAUGAACGAUCUGACGGAGAGUCUGACAGCCCUGAGAAGGAGGCAGAGUUUGCACCGUACCCAAGAAUGGAUAGUUACGAACAAGAGGAAGACAUAGAUCAGAUUGUAGCAGAGGUGAAGCAGAGUAUGAGCUCCCAGAGCUUAGACAAGGCAGCUGAAGACAUGCCAGAGGCGGAGCAGAGUUUGGAGCAUGGUCACGCUCUUGCAUGUGGGCAUGAAAGUAAUGGCCAGCUCACAGCUGGUUCUCGAAUUACAUCCAGCUCGGGAGAACCUGUACAGAGGUACAGCAAGGAAAAGAGAGAUGCAAUUUCACUGGCCAUCAAGGAUAUUAAAGAGGCUAUUGAGGAAGUGAAGACAAGGACCAUCCGUUCUCCUUACACCCCUGAUGAACCUAAGGAGCCUAUCUGGGUGAUGAGGCAGGACAUCAGUCCAACCAGGGACUCUGACGACCAGAGGCCGCUAGAUGGGGAUUUGGAGUCAAACAACGCUAAAACCGAGAUGGAGAAUUUUUGGAUGUACCAGAUUGAGUAUCGUAAGAAAAAUUCUCCAUCUCCAGAUUCCUCUUCACCUCGGGGUGCUGAAUCGUCAAGUAGGCAACAUCACCAAGAUGUCUGCACUACAGCAGAGGCCUCCACUAAUAAAGAGUCCAGAAAAAGCUUGGCUUCAUUUCCAACCUAUGUUGAAG